GGAAGCGACUCGCCGCUCCUCUUUCCGGUGAGGAGGCCGCUGCUGCCGCUGGAGUCGGGUCGGGGUCGCCGCUGGGGGUGGUGCCCGAGACGGCCCUGGAAGGAGGAGAAAUGCAAGAGGAGGGAGAGUGAGAGGGAAACACAACCUCUACCUCACUGUAUACUUGCACGUGCUUUUAUCUCUCUGUUUAUGAUUAAAGCGAUGACCUGCAAAGAAGUAUAAGUCCAGCACAUUAAGUAUGUGAUUCUGUGAAGUACUCUGAGAUCUAACCUCCAGAUUCCUUGUCCCUUGAGGGUACGUUGACAUCUGUCUGAUACUAGACUGGUGAAUAGGAAGAAGGUCCCAUCUCUGGCCUGUUUGUGGAAGCUGGGAUGAUGAAGGCCCUGCAGUGGGAACGUGCGGUGUUACAGGGUUGAAGCUCCAGCCCAUGUCUGGUAGUUAUAGAGCAAUUGGAAGGGUUACGUGCAGAGUUCUGGUAAAGAUGGAAGAAUCUCAUUUCAACUCCUCCCCGUACUUCUGGCCAGCAGUGCCCACCGUCUCGGGACAGAUUGAGAACACCAUGUUUAUUAACAAGAUGAAGGAGCAGCUAUUGCCCACAGAGAAGGGCUGCAGCCUGGCUCCCCCCCACUACCCUGCCUUGCUGACAGUACCCACCUCUGUGGCCCUGCCCACUGGUAUCUCCAUGGACUCAGACACCAAGCCGGAGCAACUGACGCCACACAGCCAAGCCCCUGUGACUCAGAACAUCACCGUGGUACCAGUGCAGUCUGCUGGGCUCAUGACAGCAGGUCCUGGUCUGGUGAUAACUUCCCCAUCAGGUUCCCUAGUGACCACAGCCGCCUCUGCCCAAACCUUUCCCAUCUCAGCUCCCAUGAUUGUCUCUGCGCUACCCCCUGGCUCCCAGGCAGCCCUCCAGGUGGUUCCUGACCUGUCCAAGAAAGGGACAACCACCCUCUCUGAAGGUGGUGGGGGUGGCGGGGGUGGGGGAGUUGCCCCCAAACCGCCUCGGGGCCGGAAGAAGAAACGAUUGCAGGAGUCAGGGCUGCCAGAGAUGAGCGACCCCUUUGUGCUGUCAAACGAGGAUGAUGAGGACCAGCACAAGGAUGGCAAGACAUACAGUAGUUCCGUGAGCAGCGGAACUAAUGAAGCCUGGUUUCCAGCGGCUCUCUCCUGUGUGGAUUCUCUGAUGUCUAAUCAAGGGUGCCGGAUGUGUUCGCUGACCUUCUACUCCAAGUCGGAGAUGCAGAUCCACUCCAAGUCCCACACGGAGACAAAGCCACACAAGUGUCCUCACUGCUCCAAGAGCUUCGCCAACAGCUCCUACCUGGCCCAGCACAUUCGCAUCCACUCAGGGGCCAAGCCCUACACGUGCAGCUACUGCCAGAAGGCCUUCCGCCAGCUCUCCCACCUGCAGCAGCACACACGGAUCCACUCCAAGCUCCACACAGCGAUUGUCAAGCCGCACAAGUGUCCUCACUGCUCCAAGAGCUUCGCCAACACAUCCUACCUGGCCCAGCACCUCCGCAUCCACUCGGGGGCCAAGCCCUACACCUGCCGCUACUGCCAGAAGGCCUUCCGCCAGCUCUCCCACCUGCAGCAGCACACACGUAUCCACACAGGGGACCGGCCCUACAAAUGCGCUCAUCCUGGGUGUGAAAAGGCUUUCACCCAGCUUUCCAACCUGCAGUCCCACAGACGGCAGCACAACAAAGACAAACCUUUCAAGUGCCACAACUGCCACCGUGCAUACACGGAUGCUGCCUCGUUGGAGGUACACCUGGCUACGCACACGGUGAAACACGCCAAGGUCUACACCUGCUCCAUCUGCAGCCGGGCCUACACCUCGGAGACGUACCUGAUGAAGCACAUGCGGAAACACAACAUCCCUGACCCACAGCAGCAGGUGGUUCAGGCACAAGCUCAAGCCUCUCAGCAGCAGCAGCACUUCCAGCCACAGGGUGGGGGGGCAGCAGGGGGCCCUUCUGGAGACACUAACCAACCCAACCCUCCCCCCCAGUGCUCCUUUGACCUGACUCCUUACAAGACUUCAGAGCAUCACAAGGACAUCUGCCUCACUGUCAGCACCAGCGCCAUCCAAGUGGAGCACCUCUCCAGCUCCUAGAGAGACCUCAACCCAGGGAGCAGAAAGCCUCUUGUGCAUAGCCGGCACCCAGGGGCACCGCUUGUGCAGCGGCCCUCCUCGUGCAACAGUCUCUGGCCUCUCCUCCUGCAACAGCCGUUUCUGGCCGUGUAACCCUGUUCAUGGCACCCCCUUGAACAACAGCCUGUCUCAAGGGGGUGCUCCUUCUGUGCAACAGCCUGCCUGGUAGGAGGAUGCUUCCUUGUGCAAGAGCCCCUUUCCUGUGCUGGGAUCACUUCCUCAUGCAAAAGCCCCUCCUUUCAAACCCAAAGAAAGGCCCCUGUUUUGCCUUCUCUCUCACUGUAGGAUGUGUAUGAAGGGGGGGUGCCUGUUGAGACAUGCAUGGUGAAUGGGAUGGAGAGAGGGUCCUUGUAUGUACAGGGGCUCGGACACAUGUUUUCAGCAGGCCACAGAAGAAUGUGGAAGGGUUCAUAGCUGGAUGGCGUUCUUUGAGGAUUUCCUUGAGUGUCUAAGAGAGAAAUAUCCAUUCCUGUCCCUCCUGCUUGUGAAGGGGAGGAGGGGUUGCUCGUCCUGCCCCAAGGACUGGAUGGGAGAAACCUUCUCCCCAGAGGAAGGUGAGACCAGUGUGGGGGGAGAGGUGAGGCAUGUUCUCUGGGCUGGACCGUGCCUACGCUGCCCGAGGGUUGUGGAGUAUUGCACUCUUUCUCCUCCCGUGGUGGAGAGCAAUAGAGAGGAGUCUGUCUGCACUGGCUGCUGCCUCUGUCUCCCAGCUGUCUGAGCAGCAUGGUGGCCAAGGCCCUGUAGGAAUGUGGAUUCCUGCUCAUUGCUCUUCCUGCCCGUUAUGGAUGAUGUCCUAGCAGCUUGUACUCCUCCUCCUCUCCCUCCUGCCUGCUUCCCCCCCCCCCCCCCCGAAAAGUCUGCAGGCAUCAACAACAAACCAAAAAGCAACUGGAGGGAGGGUAAGAGACUGCCAAAAUAAUCAUCACCCGUCUCUCUACUCCCUUUCCUGAAAGGCAGAACGACAGCAGUUCUGACUCUUGUAUCCCUGUUCUGGCCCCAGUUCCCAAAGGGAAAGAGGAGGAGGAGGAAUAGCCCAGUCUUUUCAAGGAGCCGGCAGGAGGCAGGGAAAGGGGCUAGCUUCUCCUGCUCACCUCCCAGCGGAGCGCUCUCCCAGGCUCCCUCUUGCCAAGACGGGCUGGACUCACAUGGCAGUGGUGGCCUCUUCUGGACCCUGGUCAUGGGAGAGAAUCCCCAAAAGGUGGACAGUGGAGAGAAGGGGAUGAAGAUCCCCACAGAGAGACCAAUCUAAUGAGAAGGGGGAGCCAACAAGAAUAAACUGAAGGCCCCUUGAAUUUAUAUAUAUAUAUAUAUAUAUAAAUAUCUAUUCCCCACCCCUGGCCCGCUCUGUCCUUGCUGUAACUGUUUCUAUCUCUGUGUUUAUAAAACGCAUUAUCCUGAUGAAUUUUUAUUUUCAAUCUUUGUUUGUUUUUCCCUUUCUCUUCAUCUUCAAUUCUUCUCCCUCCCCCCCCCCCCCCUUUUUUUUUUUGAUAUAUAACUGAUCCACAUGACUACUAGUCUUGUGUGUCACUUGUUAGUUCCUUUGGAUCAUGGAGGCUGACUUGGAAGAGAAUGAGAAAGCAAGGGAACAAAAGCAUGUGUUGUUGGGAUUAAAAAUCAAACGCCCACCCAAAGCCUACAGAAUCCCAGACUUCUGUAUGAACAACCAAUAGGGGCUUUUUUUUAACCAUCUGUAUAGAAAUAAAUUGGUGUAAAAGGCUCCUGGAAGGUGCUGCUGCGAGCAGCCU